AAACAAAACAGCGGAACCAGAUCGGAACCCACACCUCUUUAUCAAAACAAGAUGAAAAAGUUAUUUUGCUUGGUUCUCUUCUGUCAAGUCUCAUCAGCAGUGAAACACUCCAUGAAGUUUUUCUUCACUGCGUCUUCUGGAGUCCCAAACUUCCCAGAGUUUUUGGCUGCGGUGAAGGUUGAUGGCAUUUUGGUGGGUUACUGCGACAGCAACAAAAAGAUGGAGACAAAACAGCACUGGGUGAAAAACAUAUUACAAAAAGAUCCUCAGCAGAAGAAGUGGUACACUGAAGAGUGUUUUAGAAAUCAGCCGAACUUCUUCAAAACCAAGAUUCAUAAUUUGAAGCAGUGCUUUAACCAAAGUGGAGGUGUCCACAUUUUACAGAGGAUGAGCGGCUGUGAGUGGGACGACGAGACUGGAGAGGUUAAUGGUUCUAUGCACUAUGGUUAUGAUGGACAAGACUUCAUGUCAUUGGACCUGAAGACAUUGACAUGGAUUGCUCUAAAACCACAGGCUGUCACUACCAAGCUGAUGUGGGAUGCUGAGAAAGCUGAAAUAAAACACUAUGAGAAUUACCUCAUUCAGAUUUGUCCAGAGUGGCUGAAGAAGUAUGUGGACUAUGGGAGGAAGUCUCUACUGAGAACAGACCCUCCCUCAGUGUCUCUCCUCCAGAAGACUCCCUCCUCUCCAGUCAGCUGCCACGCUACAGGUUUCUACCCUGACAGAGCCACGAUGUUCUGGAGGAAAGAUGGAGAGGAGCUUCAUGAGGACGUGGACCUCGGAGAGAUCCUCCCCAACAACGAUGGAUCCUUCCAGAUGAGUGUUGACCUGAAUCUUUCAUCAGUCACACCUGAAGACUGGAGGAGGUACGACUGUGUGUUUCAUCUCUCUGGUGUGAAGGACGACAUCAUUACCAAACUGGACAAAGCAAAGAUCAGAACCAACUGGGGCAAAUCUCUGUUUAGAAAUGACAAAGAUAAGUCCAGUAGGAUCACCUUCCUGAUCACUGCUGCGGUGUUUGUUCUUGCUGUCUUCCUCAUUGCUGUUGUUGGAUUUACUGUUUACAAAAAGAAGAGAGACAAUCAACCUCCACCUGCUCCUGUCAACAACUCUGAGCUCCACAGACUAAAAUCAACUCCGCCCAGCUGAUGCAACAACAGCGAUGUGCACCUAGC